AUGACAAGGGCGUUAUUCAUCUCCUUGUUCAGCUGCCUCGCUGCCAUAAACCAGGCCAGCCUCAUCAACCGCUGCGACCUGGCCAAGGUGCUGCACCAGGAGGAUUUGGAUGGGUUUGAGGGCUACUCCGUGAGUGACUGGCUGUGCCUAGCUUUUGUGGAAAGCCAUUUCAAUAUAUCAAAGGUAAAUGAAUAUGCAGAUGGCAGUUCUGACUAUGGCAUCUUCCAGAUCAACAGCCACCACUGGUGCAACGAUUACCAGAGUCACUCGGAAAACACUUGCCACGUGGCAUGUAAAGAACUGCUGAGCCCCAAUCUUCUCGCAACCAUCAAGUGUGCAAAAAAGAUUGUGUCCAAAGCAGGGGGGAUGAAGAACUGGGCAGCAUGGUCGAUACACUGUGCCGGCCGGCCACUCUCCUACUGGGUAACGGGAUGUCACAUGGGAUGA